CAUAAUAGUGUACUGACAACCGAGGCUGUGUAAGGACAAGGGCACCAGAAGCUGGGCGGCUCUGGAGUCACACAUCAUCCUGUUGGUGAGGCGCCACGCCGUGUGAGACCCGCUGGUGCCUGACGCUCUCCAGCCAUUCCCUCACGCUGUCCCUGUAUACACACAAUGUAAACACACCUGGACGGACUGAACGGGGCAGGUGAAAAUCCUAUAUAAACUUUUGUGUUCAUACCAUGUAUUACUGAGAAAGUUCACGUGAUACACCGGAGUGAAUUUUUUGAAGUCUUGUAUAAUGUACUUUCGUUAGUGAAAGUAUACGAUUGAACUACGUCUCCAAAUAUUAACGACAAGAACAACAGUUCAAGAUUGAGAAAACUACUAAGAGUUGUGCAUCGUGAACCAUUAUAGUGUAGAAUAAGGGGCUCAUAACAGGAAGGAAAAAAAAUUGUCACAUACUGCGAAGACAAGAAAACACACUUUGUAAAGAACGAGAUAUAUUUAGUGUGUAGGAGCAGUGUGUGGUUGUGACUGUGACAGUAGUCGGUCCUCGGUUUGUCUUCAACCCUCGAGAAGGAAAGGCAGUCCAGUGAAUCAUGAAGAGCCGCCUUGCCGUAGUCCAGCGGCCCUGGUGGGUCUUCAGGAGCUCCGUACACCUGCUGGUGGUGUUGACGGGGGUUCUCAGAUACGCGUCCUGCCAGUCGUUAGUAGCCAAGUGUCCACAAAGGGACAGUUUAGACAACCCAGAAACAUACUGUGAGUGUAGUCUGGGUAUGACACGCAGUGGACGCACCGUCACCAUCAUCUGUGAUUUCCAAAAUAUGAAGGGAGUCUUGCUGACGGAUGCUCUGUACCCCUUCCGGGAGUCUAAAUUGUUGAGCGCUUAUGUGCGGGUGGUGAAUGCGACUAGUGUACAGGUGACGGGCGCAUUCCUGCGGGAGUGGCAAGACGCUCCCUCAGCCUCCCUGGAUGUGUGGAGGAGUGGGACACUCAUACUGGAUGCAACCCCUGAGCUGACCUCCAACAGAAACCCAACCCUCUUCACCACUUAUGUCGGUAUCGGCAUCGCUGGCUGCUAUGUGCCGGAAAUCCCACCCAAAUUACUGAGAGACAGAAAAGCAGGCAGUUUCAGAAUCAUCAACAGUGAAGUGGGAGUGAUUAGAAAAGGCUUUAUCCACAACGUUAAUGAGAUGCGGUACCUUGUGAUGGAGAACUCGGUGGUGGAGGCGGUCGAGGGAUCGGUGGCCACAGAGGGAUACAUCAACCUCAGCAGGAGACAAGAAUACAAGUGGAGUGGUCUGCUCCUUUCCAAUGUCACCAUUAAGAAUGUCGGUGCUGAAGCCUUCAACCUUGUCCAUCAGGGAAGAUCGAGUAGUACCAAGUGAGGAACUGUCACCUUGGCAGGGUGGCCACAGGGGCCAUUGCAGCAACUGGAGACAUUGCUGUUACCAUCAAGGGCAACCGCUUCCAAAGACUUGAGAAAGAGGCUUUUAAGGUUGAUGUGAAGAAGGAGUUAAAGUUUGAAGAUAACAUAGCUAUCUCUGUGGACCUGCAUGCCCUGGAGGGUCUUAUGUGCCACGAACUCACCUCCCUGGAGAAGAACACUGUACACCUUGACACCUUACCAGUUGUACCAAACAACUCCUCUGCCAUCCCUUUUCAUGUGUCAUGUGGCAACCCACAGGUAUUCAUGGUAGUGAGUCCAUCACAACCACUAACUGAGGAGGUGACCAGCACAGCCACCUGGGUACUGCUGACUGUUCUGCUGCUCCUGCUUCUGCCCAUUAUAAUUGGUUGUGUGUAUCAGUGGCGAAGUCAAUAUCAACAGAAAUGCGAGUAUAGAAGAGGCAACUCCUUCUACUUUCUUAAUGGCCUAAGAUCUUCAAAGGAAAAUGUAUCAAAUAAUCCAGAGGUCAACACAUUGACAGAAGGUCCUGGAGAAGGCAUGUCAAACCCUCUCUAUGAAGGAACAGAACCCAGCUGCUCCAUAAUUCAAGAUGGAGGUAGUUUGCCCAGCCAAUGACAACAUGGAGGCUGUAUUAUUGCCUCUCUCUCAAGCCCUGGAUUAAAAUGAAAGAGUAAUGGAUUUUUAUAGAAGAGAAGUACUGUACACAUGUAGAUGGCAAUCAUGAAAUGUUACUGACCAGCACAAGAUUUGUGAAUUUUACUGCACUAUCGUAAGCACAAAUUAUGCUAAUGCUGUGUUGGAUCAAGGAUGUUGAAAAACUAUUCAAGAUCUCCAGGACUACAUUAAUUAGUUGAAUGAUUAGUUAUAUAUCUUCAACCUCAAGUAAUAGCAUCACUGCAAGUUACAUAACUGAAGCUACAACUAGACACUAAAGACAGAAUUGUGCAAAUCUGGAACAAACUUCAAGGAACAAUGACACAAGGAAUGGGUGAUGACAAGUAAGUAAUAGAUAAAGCACAAAAUCAGUUAUAAAAAGAAUUUCAAAAUGGAAUUUUAGGACAAAUAUCAAAUUGAUUAACAGUACAGGAUUUAAAUUUGUCUAUGCAGUAAAACUCUAUAAUUCUUACCCCUCAAAUUCAAAAUCACUCAUAAUUUGUAACGUUUUGCCGUUAUGAAAUUUAUAUUACUGUAAAAAUUUUGUAAAACAGUACAGUAUUUGUUAAAAUUUUGAAAUACAGUAGGAGCGACAUAUUAAAAUACACUCUACUCCUUGGUUUACGGAAAGGUUCCGUUCCUGGACCCUAUCUGUAAGCCGAAUUUUCUUUAAACCGAAAAGGACCCUUCCAUAAGGUAAACAUGUAUAGGGUACUGUACUCUGUACUGAAUCACAGAUGGCAUCUCACAAGGGGAUGCACUCAGCCGCCUUAAGCAUAAUCCUCCGCAAAUAGUGUUGUUAUGCUGUACUAGUUACAUUACGUAACAGAAACUCUUACGUAGCCCACAAAAUUUUAUAAUGGGACUUAUGGGAGGUAUUCUGUAUCCUCGAAUUUCUGUAAACCAGGGAGUGUCUGUAUUACUAUACAAUAUACAGUCUCUCCUCGACUUACGAUGGACUUCCGUCCCCACGACCAGGUCGUAAGUCGAAUUGGUCGUA